ACCACUACAUGUGCCAUGUUGAACAAACUACAGUUGCCAUGCAAUGACCAACUGCUACCAUGAUCGCAGGUUGUUACGGUGGAACCACAUCGGCAAACAUCUCAUGGCAAGCUUCACAGUUGCAGGAAAGCGCUAUUGCAGAUAGAGCACAUCAAAUUGGAAUGACAGACCACACAAGAUCGGCACAUGCGGCACAACAAGGACCUUCAACUACAAUUAACAGCGGCGCGGGGACAUCUACUGCGGGGAGCUCUGAGCGCACGGAAGACGCGUUCCACCAGCCAGCCAACACUCAUGCCACAAACAAUGCCGAGUCAGUGUCGGAAAUGGCAAUCGUGCCAGCAAUACCGACAAGCACACAUGUGCACACCAGCACAAGCAACACUCAAGCAGGUGAAACAGCCGCCGAUACUGAAGUGAAUGAUGAAACCGAUGACGAAGCACAUGGGGAUGAAGAUGGUGGGCAAUCAGAAAUCAUGGUACCCCAGCAAUAGUAUCUUGGGCAGAGAUUUGAUUCGUUUGCAGAUGCAAAGGAAUUCUACCAGACAUAUGCAAAGUUCCAUGGGUUUGUGGUCAACACCGAAUACCAUAGGAAAAUUAA